AUGUACCGUCAAGUGCUACUGCAUACCGAUGACACGCCACUGCAACGAAUACUCUGGCGAUUCCGCACGGAAGAGGCGAUCGCAACGUAUGAGCUGUUAACAGUAACAUAUGGUCUUGCUCCAUCUUCUUUUUUGGCGACGCGUACCCUGCAACAGCUCGCUGCCGAUGAAGGAGAUGCCUACCCACUAGGUGGUCCAGCACUGAAGAAGGGAUUCUACAUUGACGACUACAUAGGGGGAGCCAAUUCCGAGGAGGAGGCAAUACAGACACGCAAAGAACUCGACGAGCUGCUGGCAAAGGGAGGUUUUCAGCUGAGAAAGUGGGCGUCAAACAACUCGAAUGUGCUGGAAGGACUUGACCCCUCUCGGAUUGGAACACAACCAAGUCUAAAGUUUGACCACAUCGAACCGAUAAAGGCACUUAGAGUUAGUUGGGAGCCCGCAUCCGAUCAUCUUUGCUUCAACUUGAAUCUCGAUCUAAGUAGUGAUCCACCAACCAAGCGAUCAAUCUUAUCGGAUGUUUCUGAACACUUUGACCCGCUUGGCCUAACAGCACCAGUUAUUGUACGCGCUAAAAUGCUUCUACAACAGCUCUGGCUACAACCCUGCGGAUGGGAUGAAGCAAUUCCUGACGUCCUCCUAGCGAAGUGGGAUAACUACCGUAUUGACAUUCCGAGAAUUAAUUCCUACCGUGUCGACCGAUAUGCCUUUCUACCGAAAUCCGUAAUCCAGUUGCAUACUUUUGCAGACGCAUCCCAACAAGCCUACGGUGCAUGCGUUUAUGCUCGUUCAACCGACCCCCAAGGCAGGACGAAAGUGCAGCUGAUUGCAUCUAAGUCAAAAGUCGCUCCUCUAAAAAGAAUUACUAUUCCCCGAUUGGAGUUGUCCGCUGCUGUGCUUGCUGCAAGACUGCACAAGAAAGUUACUGAAGCACUUGACAUGACCAUCGCUAACUCGUAUUUCUGGUCAGAUUCCACGGUCACCCUCGAAUGGUUGCGUUCCCCUCCAUACACUUGGAGCACCUUCGUUGCGAACAGGGUUUCUGAAAUUCAGAACACAACACAGGGAUCUCGUUGGCAUCACGUCGCAGGAAAACAAAACCCAGCAGACCUGAUCACUAGAGGGAUGAAAGUUGACGAUUUUCUCAACAGCAGUUUAUGGCAUCGGGGACCAUCAUGGCUAGGGAGACCUGAAACAGAAUGGAUAAUAUCAGAUGAUUCGAGAAAAACACCGGAGGAGAUGUUAGAACGGCGGACGAUGGUGGCGGCAAUUCAAAACAAACUCGGAACGAAUUCAAUUUUCGCAACGUCUUCUUCCUACAAUCGUUUGCUACGAGUGACAGCAUAUUGCCUUCGUUUCAUUGACGCCUGUCGUCGCAAAACAGUAUCGUCAUCACAGCCCGAGUCGGUGUUUAUAACAAGAUCAAUCACGGUGGUAGAAUUGUCAGCAGCCCGAAUGCUAUUGAUCCGAUUAGCUCAAGCAGAUUGUUUUGCAGAGGAGAUAAGUUCCCAUCCUCUAACACGGUCAAUUGUCAAGCACUAUCAUCUCAAGCUGUUCCAUGGUGGCGGCCGCGUAACCCUAGCGGCCAUCCGUCAAGAAUACUGGCCCGUACAAGGCCGGAGAAUAGUGAAUAGCGUUUUAAGAAACUGUUUCCGAUGUGCCCGUGCCUCUCCUGUCCCGGCCAAGCAGCAAACUGGACAGUUGCCUGGACAAAGAACAACACCAAGCCGUCCAUUUUCCGUAACCGGUGUUGACUACGCCGGCCCAAUUUAUAUAAAAGCAAUCCAUAAGAGAGCAUCGCCAACCAAAGCUUACAUCAGCGUCUUCGUUUGUUUCGUGGCAAAAGCCGUGCAUUUAGAGUUGGUGAGCGACUUAUCGACGGCUGCAUUCCUCACUGCGCUUAGGAGAUUUAUUGCUCGUCGGGGUUGUCCUGCACACAUUCAUUCCGACAAUGGGAAAAAUUUUGAAGGUGCUCGCAAUGAACUUCGCGAGUUGUACCAAUUAUUUCAGGAGGAAGAGUUGAGCGGAGUGGUUGCUAAUUACUGCUCCAAUCAGGGCAUCCAGUGGCACAUGACCCCACCUAAGGCUCCACACUUUGGAGGUCUUUGGGAAGCGGCGGUGAAGGUAGCAAAGAAGCAUUUACACCGGCAGUUCGGCGAUUCAAGGCUUACCUUCGAGGAGUUAACAACAGCCCUAGCAGAAAUUGAAGCAGCAAUGAAUUCUCGCCCGCUAACACCACUAACUGAGGACCCGAAUGAUCUCGCCACCCUUACACCAGCCCACUUCCUAAUAGGCACUGCAAUGUCCACUUUUCCUGAAGACGAUGUUAGUAGAAUUCCCAUCAAUCGUCUAGACCACUAUAGGAGUUUACGUCAUCGCGUCCAUCAAUUUUGGCACCAGUGGCAAGCUGAAUAUCUACAGGAAAGUAGACAUAUCAUCCCGAACACUGACAUCCAACCAGGUAGAAUGGUCGUCAUCGUCGACGAGUUUUUUGCUCCUGUGAAGUGGCCGCUGGCGAGAAUCCUGAAUAUCAUCCCCGGACCAGAUGGGCUCACUCGAGUCGUUGACUUGCUAACCAGCAGGGGAGUUAUACGACGUCCAAUAACAAAAAUUUGCUUGCUGCCCGUUGAAGAAUCCUAA